AUGGAACAAUUUAUCGAGGGGACCCGGUCCAAUAACUUCCGAUGGCAUCUGCUCCUGCACCCGCCAGUUGAUUUUGAGGCAUCGGGCAAACUUGUUGAAGAUCUGAAAAAGCUGGAGGUGGCUACAUCUGCACCGCGGGAAUGCAUGGUAGUGGGAGACAAUGCUGGGAUGGAAGUUGGAUACCAACCGGGACACAGAGGCCAAGAAAUGCAACGACCGUGA